AUGGACGCAUCACGUCGACGGCUAGCCAAAGAACUCAGUCAGUUGGUCACCGAGCCUCCAGAAGGAAUGUCAAUUGAUUAUGAAGAGGCUUCGAAAGACCUACUGAAUUGGACCGUUACCGUAAAUGGAGCACCGAACACGCUGUACGAAGGCGAGAUCUUCAAAUUGCUUUUCAAAUUCGACAAUCAAUAUCCAUUUACCUCGCCUGAAGUAGGUUUUUGAAGAGUUUUAGUUUUUUAGGUAUUAAAGUAUGAAAAGAGAUUGAUUUUGAUACCAGAAGGUUAAAAAAUUAGGAUUUUACACUUUAUAAAAUUUAAAAGAAGAGCGCUUAACAAUCUUAAAAAAUCUAAAACUGCCAUUUCCAGGUGACCUUUGUUGGAUCCCACAUCCCAGUCCACCCGCACGUCUACUCCAACGGUCAUAUUUGCCUGUCGAUAUUGUUCGACGACUGGACGCCAGCCCUGAACGUUCAAGCAGUUUGUCUUUCCAUCUUAUCCAUGCUAUCAUCGUGCCAAAAGAAAGUGCCACCAAUGGACAAUACCGCCUAUGUCAACACCUGUCACAGUCGGCCCAGCAUGACUCGUUGGUGGUUCCAUGAUGACAAAGUCUAG